CCCCCUGCCGCUCUCCGAGGUGGGGACCUGGAAGGUCCGGCCGUAGGUCUUCAGGGGGGUGGUGGCUCUCGGCUCGCCGGCAGUCCACGGCGCGGGCGCCUGGAGGUCUGUGCGGGGCUCUCGGCCCUCAGGCACUUGCUGAGGACGCGCGGGUCGGUUUAGGGCACGCUUGGCCCAGACCUUUCACUCUGCUGCAGUCUGUCCCGCCACUCGCGAGCCUAGUGAUCCCGGGCGGGCUGCUCCCCUGCCUGAGCCUCGGCUUCCACGCCGCUAAAAUGGUCGAACCCCACGGCAUCGAUGGUGAGAAGGGAAGCGCUUCCCAGCGUUUGGUGCGGUUGCUCUGCUGUGCUCCGUCACCUCCUAAAGAUGCAUCCUGACUUAUCUCCACACUUGCACACUGAAGAAUGCAACGUCUUGAUUAACUUACUUAAGGAAUGUCACAAAAAUCACAACAUUCUGAAAUUUUUUGGUCAUUGCAAUGAUCUCGAUCGGGAGAUGAGAAAAUGCUUGAAGAAUGAGUACAUGGAAAAGAGGACCAAGAGCAGGGAGCGUGGCAAUGCGAUGAGAAAAAGACUUUUUAAUCCCGCAGAGGAAUCUGAAAAAUAAAUUAGAGGCAUACCUCGCUUUA